AUCAUGAAUAACGACAUGAGAUAUUAUUUGCAUGUCCACGACACCGCACUGCGGGACCACAGCGAAACGAAAACUGAAAAUCAAACCGCAAACUAUCUUUACUCCGGUAAAUUACCUUUAGAAAAUACGCGCAUGAAAACACACCAAGUGAGAGGCAAUUCCGUAACAACACGAGUUCAGGUACGCAACCAUCUCUACACUGUUAAUGUGUAUCCUGACUUUACUCUGGACUCCCGCUUUGCUCAGCAGAUAGUGGAAAUCGCAGAUGCUUUUGAGAACAAUCAAACGCGUCAAGUAAAUUAUCUGUCAGAGAAACUCAUACUUGAUUAUGGUACCCAUGUCAUCACAAGAAUCGAUGCCGGUGCCACUUUGGUCCAAGAGGACUAUAUAAAAAGGUCUUAUGUCUCUAACAGUGAGUCAGACGAGACUUCUGUCUCUGCUUCAGCAGGUUUGAACUUUUUUAACAAGGUUAACUUUAACUUUGGUAGCAAGGAAACCCAGGAAACCUCUCAAAGCCUCAGUUACCAGCAAAACAUUACAUAUUCUAUAGUUCAGAGCCACGGUGGGGCUUUAUUCUACCAAGGCAUCACUCUGCAGAAGUGGCAAGAGAGCACGCAAAACAACCUUGUGGCUAUUGACCGUUCUGGUAUGCCACUGCACUAUUUCCUCAAUCCAUCCGCAUUUCCUGAUCUUCCAGCCCCAACUUUACAAAAACUGGCUUUGUCAGUCCAAAAGGCUGCAGAACGCUACUACAAUAUAAACACCAUUCCAGGAUGUGUAGAUCAAAAUUCCCCAAACUUUAACUUUCAGGCCAAUGUAGAUGACAAAUCCUGUGAAGGUCCAGUCACCAAUUUGACCUUUGGUGGAGUUUACCAAAAAUGCACUCCAUCUGCGGCUGACGGAAAUGUCAUCUGUGAUGAGCUUGCGCAAAAAAAUCCGAAUACUGGUGACUAUUCUUGCCGCCAACCAUAUGCUUCCUUUUUGUUACACUCAGAGACAGUAGAGCAGAGUUACAAUAAAUAUGAGUGCCAUAAGAAAUGUCAUUCAUGCUGGUUAAUUUUGGAUUGUUGUGACAAUGUAUGUGGAAAUGCUUACUACGUCCGUAGUGCAAAAAUUGACACUUACUGGUGUUCCACAAAUCAGACAGUCCCUCCAUACUCUGGAUACCUCUUUGGAGGUCUAUUCGGACAAUCUUUACAAAACCCAUUGACCAAAUCUCAUGACUGUCCUCCUAAUUACUUUGCACAAGUAUUUUUGACUAAUGGCAUGAUGAUUUGUUUGAGCAAUGACUAUGAGGCAGGAACAAUAUCUUCUGUGCCUUUUGGGGGUUUCUUUAGCUGCCAAUCUGGCAACCCUCUUGCAAGGGACGAAUACCGUUGUCCACCUCAGUACAGCCAACAUCUUGCUGCCAUUAGUGAUGGCUGUCAGGUAUUGUACUGUGUCCAAUCAGACGAGUUUACUGGUGGCCAGUUAAAACCUAUUCGCCUCCCACCGUUCACAAAACCACCUCUGGUCAACAUAAUGGCGACAAACACUGUAGCUGUGAUGACAGAAGGUGAUCGGGCUUGGCUAAGGGUUGGAGAAACCAAACAAUGGAGACUAGCAAAGCCUGGUGAAGUCAAUCAAAUGGCCACAAUGUUCGAUUCGUCGUCUACCCGGAUGUCAGGAGGUGAAAAGGCUGGUGUAGCCUGUGGUGUAAUGACUGUGAUCGCUGUUGUGGUGGCAGGAAUUGUCCUCUUAAUGAAACGAAGGAGGAGGUUUUCUCACUUCAGGUCAAGCAGGGGGUAUGACGAGAUCCACAAUGAUGGCCAAAGUGUUGUAGAGAGUCAGAGAGAGCAACAGAAUACAAAUGAAGACUCUACUCAAGCUCUGUUACAUUAGUUGUC